GGUGUGUGAGGGAAAGCGAGGAGCCUGCGCCGAGGAGACGCGGCCCUGAGGAAGGAGAGGCUUCCUUGCGAGACCUUGGGUUUGGACGGGAGGCAGCGGGACUCGCGGUGUUGCCGUCAUGCCUCAAACCCGAUCCCAGGCACAGGGUCAAAUUAGCUUUCCAAAGAAGAAGCUCCCUAGGAGCGUGAACAAAAGCAAAAACCCUGGUGAUGUCUCACAAAAGCCAACAAGUGCCCAGGCUCUGUCCUCCUCUCCUUCCCUUAAAGUUCUGCCUCUGAGCCCCAGAAAACGUCUGGGUGAUGACAACCUCUGCAACACUCCCCAGUUACUGCCCUGUUCACCACCCAAGCAAGGCAAGAAGGAGAACGGGCCCCCUCGCUCACGUACCCCGAAAGGACGCAGAUUAAUAUUUGACAAUUCACUGACAACUAAGUCUCCUAGCAAAGGAGAACCAGCCAGAGCUCCCCAAAACAAGAUACUUUCCUCGCCUCGGAAAGGUCAAGAGGUCACAGCAACCUCUGAGCAGAGAUGUUCAUCUGAGAAAGAAUCGGCGUGCAUGAGGCUGUUCAAGCAAGAAGGUACUUGCUACCAGCAGGCAAAGCUCGUCCUGAAUACAGCUGUUCCGGAUCAGCUGCCUGCCAGGGAGAAGGAGAUGGAUGCCAUCAGGACUUUCCUGAGGGAGCACAUCUGUGGGAAGAGAGCUGGAAGUCUUUACCUCUCCGGUGCUCCUGGGACUGGGAAAACUGCCUGCCUAAGCCGGAUUCUGCAAGACCUCAAGAAGGAACUGAAAGGCUUUAAAACUAUCAUGCUGAAUUGCAUGUCCUUGAGGAGCGCCCAGGCAGUGUUCCCAGCUAUUGCUCAGGAGAUUUGUCAGGAAGAAGUCACCAGGACAGCUGGGAAGGACGUGAUGAAGAAACUGGAAAAGCAUAUGACUGCAGAGAAGGGCCCCAUGAUUGUGUUGGUUCUGGACGAGAUGGAUCAGCUGGACAGCAAAGGGCAGGAUGUGUUGUACACACUCUUUGAAUGGCCAUGGCUGAGCAACUCUCGGUUGGUGCUGAUUGGGAUUGCUAAUACCCUGGACCUCACAGACAGAAUCCUGCCUAGGCUUCAAGCUAGAGAAAAAUGUAAACCUCAGCUGUUGAACUUCCCACCGUAUACCAGAAACCAGAUAGCCACUAUCCUGCAGUAUCGACUUAGCCAGGCAUCAAGAGAGCAGGUUGUGGACGGUGCUGCCAUCCAGUUCUGUGCCCGCAAAGUCGCUGCUGUUUCAGGAGACGCUCGCAAAGCGCUGGAUGUGUGCAGGAGAGCUAUUGAAAUCGUAGAGUCAGAUAUCAAAAGCCAGACUAUCCUCAAGCCACUGUCGGAAUGUAAGUCGUCCUCUGAUUCUCCCGUUCCCAAGAGAGUUGGUCUUACUCACAUCUCCCAGGUCAUCUCAGAAGUUGAUGGGAAUAGGAUGGCUUUGAGCCGAGACGGGGCACAAGAUUCCUUCCCUCUUCAACAGAAGAUUUUGGUGUGUUCUCUGCUUCUCGUGACAAGGCACCUGAAAAUCAAAGAGGUCACUUUGGGGAAGUUGUAUGAAGCCUAUAGUAGCGUCUGUCGCAAACAGCAGGUGGCGGCUGUGGACCAGUCAGAAUGCUUGUCACUUUCAGGGCUCUUAGAAGCAAGAGGCAUUUUAGGAUUGAAGAAAAAUAAGGAAACCCGGUUCACAAAGGUGUCUUUGAAAAUUGAAGAGACGGAAAUAGAACAUGCUCUGAAAGACAAAGCUUUAGUUGGAAACAUCCUAGCUACUGGAUGGCCUUAACUUGGACACUUCCAGCGCAGCGGACAGCAUUCAGCUGGCAGUUAGAGAGCGAAGGAGUCUUCCUCUUUAGUACUUUAUACGCUCAGUGUCACAAGACAUGCCCCCCGCAGCUGCCUAGCCGGGACCCAUUCAGGACCAGCAUUCUCUUUUGGCAUCCUGAAAGCCAGCUCUGGACCUUCCCAGGCAAGCUCUCAGAACUGUUUGACCAACGGAC